ACUGUGACGGGAGAUCAAGGGACCCUGGGGACUGGAGGCUCCUGCACUAUUGUGUGAGGCUGAGAGACACUGAAAGGAGCAGGGGAGACAGGCUGAGACGUCGCUGGAAGACAGCUGUGAUUGAGAACUAACUGUGGAACAGUAGAAGGGCCCCUGUGCUGAAAUCUACAAUGGCUUGUCUGCAUGACACACGCACUCCCUCGCCUUCCUUCGCCAGCCUUCUAUCUGAUGGCCCAAUUCGACGCCUAGACCCUGAUACCCCACCAGGUUGCACCCCUGAACAAGAGCUGACACCUACACAAUGUGUUUUGCGUGAUAUGGUUCGGACUGAAGGAGUUUCAACUCCCAAUGAAGACCCUUCAACCCCACUCACUCACAGUGUGCCUCAAGACCCACAAGAGCCAGAAGAUCGGGGCGGUGGAGGUGCUUCAGGUGGUCCAGGAGAUGACAGGCCAUGUCGGGCACUAGGAGAGGGACGUGUGCAGUGCCAAGCAGGAGUUGGAUUCCUCGGUGGGCUGUUUGGUUGCCUAAAACCGGUUUGGGCAAUGAUCGGAAAAACAUAUUCCACUGAACACAAGCAACAUGAAGAUGUUCUUUUCCAUGGUAUAGAGUCUUGGGAGGUCCCAUUUGAGGAGAUCCAGGACCUGCAGUGGGUGGGUAGUGGAGCACAAGGAGCUGUAUUCCUGGGAAAGUUUCAUGGUGAAGAAGUGGCUGUCAAAAAAGUGAGAGACAUUAAAGAGACCGAUAUCAAACACCUUCGGAAACUGAAGCAUCCCAAUAUCAUCACCUUCAAGGGUGUGUGCACACAAGCCCCCUGCUACUGCAUCUUAAUGGAGUUCUGUGCUCAGGGUCAACUGUAUGAAGUUCUACGGGCAGGAAGGAAAGUCACCCCAUCCUUACUUGUAGAUUGGUCCAUGGGCAUUGCAGGUGGAAUGAAUUACCUGCACCUGCACAAAAUUAUCCACCGUGACCUCAAAUCACCCAACAUGUUAAUCACAUAUGAUGAUUUGGUGAAAAUAUCAGACUUUGGCACCUCCAAGGAGUUGAGUGACAAAAGCACCAAGAUGUCUUUUGCGGGUACAGUGGCCUGGAUGGCCCCAGAGGUUAUACGUAAUGAGCCAGUUUCUGAGAAGGUGGACAUCUGGUCUUUUGGAGUUGUCCUUUGGGAGCUUCUGACUGGUGAGAUUCCGUACAAGGAUGUGGAUUCCUCGGCCAUUAUUUGGGGCGUUGGGAGUAAUAGUCUGCAUCUCCCUGUGCCCUCAAGUUGCCCUGAUGGUUUCAAGCUUCUCCUGCGGCAGUGCUGGAACAGCAAGCCAAGAAACAGGCCCUCAUUCCGGCAGAUCCUGCUGCAUUUGGAUAUCGCCUCCGCUGACGUCCUGUCCACCGCCCAGGAGACAUAUUUCAAAUCCCAGGUGGAGUGGCGUGACGAAGUCCGGCUGCAUUUUGAGAAAAUUAAGUCAGAGGGGACGUGUCUGCAGCGUCUGGAAGAGGAGCUGAUCUCAAGGCGCCGCGAGGAGCUCCGGCAUGCUCUUGAUAUCCGAGAGCACUAUGAGCGCAAAUUACAGAGGGCUAAUACGCUGUACGUGGAGCUCAAUUCUCUCAUGCUGCAGCUGGAGCUGAAGGAGAGAGAGCUGCUCAGAAGGGAGCAAAUCCUGGAGAAGAAAUACCCAGCCCUUCUUCGGCAGCAGCCCCGUCCCUCCAGCACGGUGGAGAAGCUCAUCAAAAAGAGGAAUGUGCCCCAGAAACUGUCCCCACAUGGAAAAAGGCCAGACAUUUUAAAGUCUGAAGUCCUACUUCCAAAAGUGGAUUCUGUCUUGUCUCCAUCGACCCCGACUGGUUGCCAGAAACUCCCUCCAUCCCCUGGACGUGGGCGCCGUGGAAAGCCACGUUACCGCAAGGCUAAAGACAUGGUUAAUUUGAGAGCUGCCGUUACUCCUGAACCCGCUCCCCAGAGCCAGACACCUCCAAGGGAUCCACACCCCCUGUCUUCUUCCAGUCCUGACCUACUAUGUACCCCUUUGGAGGCCGAGGCCCGUAGGGGCAGCCAAAGUGCAGAAUGCUCCCCUGUUCGCUCUCUGCCUGGACCUCCAAGCCCGGACUCUCCAUCAGGCCGUGCCGCAGGGGGCCGAGCGUCCAGAGCGCAGCACCUGACACCGGCAGCAAUGCUCUACAGGGCGGCUGUCACCAGGAACCAGAAGCGAGGUCAGUCGUCAGAAGAAGAAGAGGGGGAGGUGGACAGUGAGCUGGAGAUGGAACGAAGGCAGAGGUGGCAGACGGGGAUGUCCCAGCACCAGUCCCCUAGUUCAGAAAAUCUGUCCGAUGGAGAAGAAGGUAACACCACCGACCCCUCUCACAGCGUCACCCCCGAUGUGCUGAGCACCAACACAGAUGAGCGCCAAGAUGACCGAUCCGAGGAUCUUGUGUCCCAGAGUUCCGAGCCGCCGUUGGAUCUCCUGACCCAGUCUGACGGGCUUUCCGAAAAAGAAGCUGUUGUCCAGAAAGUGAAAUCUCAGCUUAGCAAUGAACAAACUGCAGGAGAGAAUGUGGGUCUGUACGAUGACUCUGAUUGCGACAGCACCGAACUCGACCAUUCUCUGGCUGCAACAACCUCAUGAUCCUACUGCAGAGAUACCUCUCACCUGUAUAUAAGGGAAAUAUUUAUAUAAAUAAUAUCUAUAAAUAUAAUACAUAAUAUGUGAAUAGACUGAGCCACACCAUGAUCCUCUCUUACCCCACUCCCAGCACACACCAGUCC